AUGGCAGCUGUAAUUCCAGCAGUAUCUAGAUUAUCUUCUAGAAUCAUAAGGAUACUAGGAUGCAAUCCAGGACCAAUGACACUCCAAGGUACCAACACCUACUUGAUUGGAACUGGAAGAAAUCGAAUCCUUUUGGACACUGGUGAUAAAGACAUACCUGAAUAUCAAAAGCACUUAUCUGAUGUAGUCAGUUCGGAGCAAGUAAAUAUAGAACACAUAGUUGUAACACAUUGGCACCAUGAUCAUAUUGGUGGUGUAGAAAAUAUAUUUGGAACUAUUGCUAAACAACCAAAAAUAUGGAAACACCUAAGGGACACAUCUGACUCGCCUGAUAGUGAUCUACCAUCUACCCCUCUUAACUGGCUGAGCGAUGGACAAGAGAUAAAGGUGGAAGGUGCUACUCUGAAGAUUCACCAUACACCUGGUCACACUACAGACCAUGUGGUACUAACAUUACAAGAGGAAAAUAUUUUGUUUAGCGGAGAUUGUAUACUUGGAGAGGGAACAGCUGUUUUUGAAGACCUUUACACCUAUAUGAAGAGUUUAAAUAGGAUAUUGGAGUUGAACCCUAGUGUCAUCUAUCCAGGACAUGGAAAUGUUGUUGAGGAUCCAAUGGAAAAGAUUCAAUAUUACAUAGCACACAGGAAUCAGAGGGAGGAGCAAAUAUUAGAAGCACUCAGAAAUAAUGCAGACAAACAAAUGAAUGAAAUGGAUUUAGUGAAAUUGAUAUACAAGGAGACACCAGAACAUUUAUGGCCAGCAGCAGCUUAUAAUGUCAAUCACCAUUUAACCAAGUUGACGAAGGAAAAUAAGAUUAAAUCUAUCAGUGUUGAUGGGGAGAGCAGAUGGCAGAUAAUUCCCUUACAUAGUAAUUUGUAA